AUGGCAGGAAUCUUGGCCUAUCAGGGAUCUACUCCCAUUGAUCUAGUGGAGAUUGUGAGGUUCCCAAUCAGUGAAAGGGAUGGGAUGGCAUUCUAUCAUUUGGAAGCUCAUGACACUGUCACCUUUGCUUGUGAGGAUUCCACUCAGGAGCUGAUAUUGGAUGACGUAUCUUUGGAACCUCAUGAUGUCAACUUUUACACCUACACUUGGCCGAGGAAACCGAUGAAGCAAGAUAUGGAUUUCUCCAUCCCCACUCACAUGUGCAGGGACCCAAGAAGGACGCCAAUUAUUGAGGGGUCCAUCACAGCCCUAGCUACCCGUAGCACGCGACAUAAUCACCCCACAAAGAUCAACUCAUGUAGCAAUAGAGGAAAUCAAAGAAGAAAAUGGGCCAACACAAAUCUUAAUUGCUUAGCCUGA